AUGCUGAUCUCACUGUCGUACAGACACCACAUCAUCCAUGACACCGUGGCUCAGCCCUUCCCGCUUGAUCUGACGAGGGACAGCGACCUGACUCCCCGUUCCCGCGGACGACCCAUGCUGGCUCUCCUGUUGUCCGAUGGCCUCCCUGGCAUGACCAUUGAGGUGACGCAGAAGGCCGACGCGUUGCGUAUGCUGACAAUGCUCGAGUCGCUCAGAACUUCCUUGUAA